CUGGCCCCGGCGCCGUCGCUCUGUAGUCGUCACCGGGAGGAAGUCAGAGCUGGCGUGCCCGGCCCCAAGGCCCAUUGAGGGGAUGCAGUUAUGGGCGCUGUCGCCGUGGAGAUACUCGUUUUCUGUUUCAACGCGAGAAGUGUUUGUGGAUGACGGAGUCUGCGCUAAACUACUCUACUCGAUGCCAUAGAUUUUUGUGUUGAGUCAGUAAUUAAUCUAUAAAGUGCCAACAUGGGAAAGAAAAGGACAAAGGGAAAAACUGGUCCAGUUGAUGAUUCUUCUGAAAUUUUAGAACCUGUAUGCAGACAUCUUAGAAAAGGAUUAGAACAAGGUAACUUGAAAAAGGCUCUAGUGAAUGUGGAAUGGAAUAUUUGCCAAGAUUGUAAGACGGACAAUAAAGUAAAAGAUAAAUCUGAAGAAGAAUCAGAAGAAAACCCUUCCAUUUGGCUUUGUCUUAAAUGUGGCCAUCAGGGCUGCGGCAGAAAUUCUCAGGAGCAGCAUGCCUUGAAGCACUAUAUGACACCGAGAUCAGAACCUCAUUGUCUGGUUCUUAAUUUGGACAACUGGAGCGUAUGGUGUUACCUAUGUGAUGAAGAAGUGCAGUAUUGUAGUUCAAAUCGAUUGGGUCAGGUGGUCGAUUAUAUUAGAAAGCAAGCCGCUCUUACCACUUCAAAAGCAGCAGCAAAAGAUAUUGGGAACAUUGAACUAGAAAAUAAAAAAUUAGAAAAGGAGAGUAAAAAUGAACAAGAGAGAGAAAAAAAGGAAAACACGGUUAAAGAAAAUCCUUCCACGAAUUCUGCUUCUCAGAUAACUGUGAAGGGACUCAGUAAUUUGGGAAACACCUGUUUCUUCAAUGCGGUUAUGCAGAAUUUGUCACAAACACCAGUGCUUAGAGAACUACUGAAAGAAGUAAAAAUGUCUGGAACAAUUGUGAAAAUUGAACCCCCUGAUUUGGCACUAACAGAACCCUUAGAAAUAAACCUUGAGCCUCCUGGCCCUCUUACUUUAGCUAUGAGCCAGUUUCUUAAUGAGAUGCAAGAGACCAAAAAGGGAAUCGUGACUCCUAAAGAACUCUUUUCUCAGGUCUGUAAAAAAGCAGUGCGGUUUAAAGGUUAUCAGCAGCAAGAUAGCCAGGAAUUACUUCGUUAUUUAUUGGAUGGGAUGAGAGCAGAAGAACACCAAAGAGUGAGUAAAGGAAUUCUCAAAGCAUUUGGUAAUAGUACUGAAAAGUUGGAUGAAGAACUGAAAAAUAAAGUUAAAGAUUAUGAAAAGAAAAAAUCAGUACCAAGUUUUGUAGACCGGAUUUUUGGUGGUGAACUAACUAGUACCAUUAUGUGUGAUGAAUGCAGAACUGUCUCCUUGGUACAUGAGUCUUUCCUUGAUUUGUCUCUACCAGUUUUAGAUGAUCAGAGUGGUAAGAAAACCGUCUAUGAUAAAAAUCUGAAAAAGACAAUGGAGGAUGAAGAUAAAGAGAGUGAGGAGGAAAAAGAUAAUGACAGUUAUAUAAAAGAGAGAAAUGAUAUUCCUUCAGGAAUGAGUAAACACUUACAGAAAAAAGCUAAGAAGCAAGCCAAAAAGCAAGCCAAGAACCAACGACGGCAACAAAAAUUUCAAGAAAAAGUUCUUCAUUUAAAUGAAAUAGGUACCCUUGAUCAUUCCGAAGAAAUUGACCGUGAUAUUGACGUGUCACUUCAGGAAGACGGGGAUAGUAAGCCCAACCAUAUUUCAGACGAAGACCUUAUAGACAAAGAAUAUUGUAUUAACAAUCAGAAGGAUUUGGAUGACCAAGAGAAAAUGAUUCACGGUGUAACUGACAAUCAAAAAUUCAUAGAGGAAGUAGACACGAGAAAUGCUCAUGUGGAGAAGGACCGGGAGGGUGUGGCGUCUCCUCCCCCUGAAUGCACCAAGCACUUCAAUGGUGCCUACCUGCCGGAAGUGAGCAACGGCGAGGUAGACCUCUCUAGUGAUUUCGAAAACCUUCAGUUGAAUGCUGCUCUCCAACCUGAUGACAUCGAUAUCGAGCUUCUAAACGAGAGCCCGGCCCCCGGGUCCCCGGCCUACGAGGUGGUGAACGAAGACCCAGAGACUGCCUUCUGCACGCUGGCCAGCAGGGAGGCCUUCAGCCCUGACGAGUGUUCCAUCCAGCACUGUCUGUACCAGUUCACCCGGAACGAGAAGCUCCGAGACGCCAACCAGCUGCUUUGUGAGGUGUGCACCCGGAGACAGUACCAUGGACCAAAGGCCAACGUGAAAGGUGAAAAGAAACAUGUUUACACCAAUGCCAAAAAGCAGAUGCUGAUUUCUCUCGCUCCUCCUGUUCUCACUCUUCAUUUAAAGAGAUUUCAACAGGCUGGUUUUAACCUACGCAAAGUCAACAGACACGUAAAAUUUCCUGAAAUCUUAGAUUUGGCUCCCUUUUGUACCUUGAAAUGUAAGAACGUUGCUGAAGAAAAUACAAGGGUACUGUAUUCUCUCUAUGGAGUUGUUGAACACAGCGGCACCAUGAGGUCGGGGCAUUACACAGCCUACGCCAAGGCAAGAACUGCAAAUAGUCACCUCUCUAAUCUCGUCCUCCACGGUGAUCUCCCGCAAGGGUUUGAAACGGAAUCGACCAAAGGGCAGUGGUUUCACGUCAGCGACACACAUGUGCAAGCAGUGCCUACAACUAAAGUCCUAAACUCACAAGCGUACCUCCUAUUUUAUGAGCGAAUACUGUAAUGAUUUCAAAGGGCUUUCUCUGGAAAUGUGUUUGUCUUUUCUAAUGUCUAAAAUAAAGAAGUAACUAUAAAUCAUGA